UGUCUUAUCUGUUUUCACAGCAGGCGUAUGCAUCCUCCACCCAGCAGAUGGCACUGCCCAGUCCCAACACCACCACCAGCAGUAAUGGAAGCAACAGUGGUGGGGACCAGCUGAGCAAAACCAACUUGUACAUCCGUGGUCUCCAUCCAGGAACCACUGACCAAGACCUAAUUAAACUCUGUCAACCCUAUGGAAAAAUAGUGUCUACGAAGGCCAUUCUGGACAAGACCACCAACAAAUGUAAAGGCUAUGGCUUUGUGGAUUUCGACAGCUCGGCCUCUGCACAGAAAGCGAUGACGGCGCUAAAGGCCAGUGGAGUUCAGGCUCAGAUGGCAAAGCAACAAGAGCAGGACCCCACCAAUCUGUACAUCUCUAAUCUGCCUCUGUCUAUGGACGAGCAGGAGUUAGAGAGCAUGCUCAAACCCUUCAGCCAGGUCAUCUCCACACGCAUCUUACGUGAUGCAAACGGCACCAGUCGUGGAGUUGGUUUCGCCAGGAUGGAAUCGACUGAAAAGUGUGAGGCCAUCAUUCAACAUUUCAAUGGCAAAUACAUCAAGACUCCUCCUGGAGUGGCAGUGCCUACAGAACCCUUGCUGUGUAAAUUUGCGGAUGGGGGACAGAAGAAACGUCAGAAUCAGGGGAAAUAUCUCCAGAAUGGGCGGCAGUGGCCGAGAGAGGGCGAGACUGGCGGGAUGACGCUAACAUAUGACCCUACUCCGGCAUUACAAAAUGGGUUUUACUCUCCUUCCUACAGCAUUGCUCCUAACAGAAUUAUUGCUCAGACUCCCAUCUCUCCCUACAUGCACUCACCUGUAUCCACCUACCAGGUACACAAUCCCUCCUGGAUACAUCACCAGUCAUACCUCAUGCAGCCCACAGGUACAGUCCUCACGCCCACAAUGGACCACACCAUGACCCUUCAGCCCACUGCCAUACUAGGGCCUCUCACACAGCAGCUCAGCCAUCUAACCCUGGGCAGCACAGGCACGUACAUGCCUGCAAACGCAGCUAUGCAAGGGACCUACAUACCACAAUACGCCCAAGUGCCUCCUUCAAGCAUUAUAGCCGAGGAAAAUAGUGUCCAACAGCAGCAGGUUGCAAUAGAGACACCCACAGACCACACAACGUACUCCUACCAGCAUGGCAAGUGAAGAGGAGUACAUUCAUAUGAGUGACGGAGGACUUUGGAUACUGAACCUCUUCUCUUGACAUAAAAACAAAUGGUCAUUGCAAAAAGGAACAGAGAAGCGUGUCUCUUUCCAAUGAAAGAAAGCAGACAUUUUUGCAACUUUUUUUUUCUUGGAGAGGACCAACCGAUAAUGAAAGUAAGUGGAAGACUUGGAUGGAGAAAGCUAUGACUGCUAUGUCAUAAAAGUUCACAGAAAGCGGAGUAAGCUUUUUAACACAAAGACUCACAUACAUGCACACACACACUCCCAACACACUUUGAGAAAUAUUUUUCUGCAACUUUAUUUUCUAAAAUGUUCUGCAAAGCCAGAAUGAAACAACCACGUUACAACACCAUGUGUCAUUUUAAUUUGAUUUAAUGUUUUUGUAAAAUUCUUCCAAGAUUUUGUUGACUGCUUUUGAACUGUCUGCUGCAAAAGGAGGAAUUUUGUACAUAAAAAAACUGUUUUUGAAAA